CCUCAUGGCCGACCCGGAGUCCGGCAUGGUGGACAAGGCCGCCUACGUGCUCCACUCCCUCGUGAGCUCCGGCGAGGGCCGCGCCGCCGCCGUCGAGGAGGGUGGCAUCCCCGUCCUCAUCGAGAUGGUGGAGGCCGGCACCUCGCGGCAGAAGGAGAUCGCCAAGCUCUCCCUCCUGUUGAUCUGCGACGACAACGCCGCCUUCCGCACCAUGGUCGCCCGCGAGGGCGCCAUCCCGCCCCUCGUCGCCCUCUCCCAAUCGUCCUCCGCCCGCCCCAAGCUCCGGGCCAAGGCGGAGUCGCUGAUCGAGAUGCUGCGGCAGCCGCGGAGCCCGAGCCUCCGCGCGAGGCCGGCGGCGGCUGUCGUUGCGGCGGAGUGA